UAAAUGGGUCUCCUUGUCUCUGUUUUUUCUUUCAGAGCACAGAUGUCAAACGCAACAAGCGGAGGGCUCUUCUGCCCCCUGCUGCAAGACAUGCGGAAUCACAGCCUCAACAACAACAGCAUGGCCAAUAUGGUGGUGGUUUGCUUCCACGGUCUGGUCUCCUGCCUCGGGCUUCUGGAGAACGCUCUGAUCCUCUGGGUGCUUGGCUUCCGCCUUCAGCACCGCACCGUCACCUCCGUCUGGGUGCUCAACCUAGCCCUGUCUGACUUCCUAGCCACCCUGAGCCUCCCCCUCUUCGCUUCUUACUACUACCACCUCCACAGCUGGGAGCUCGGCCACGCACUCUGCAAGACACAGGCUUCCAUCUUCUUCAUGAACAUGUUUGUGUCAGCCUUCCUGCUGGCCGCAAUUUCACUCGACCGCUUGCUUCUCGUAGUCAAGCCAGUGUGGAGCCAGAAUCAUCGGGCAGUGUCAGGAGCAUGGAAGGUGUGUGGAUUAGGUUGGUUAUGGGCUGCACUGAACACAAUACCUUAUACGGUGUUUCGCUCAGUAAUUCAGAAACAGGGUGAGGGGAAUUUGUGCUAUCAUAACUUUGCUCUGAUUUCGUCCUCUCAAGCCACUUUGGAGAGAGACUGCGAAGUGAGACAGGCGGCAACAGCCAUCUCCAAGUUGCUGCUGGCAUUCCUCUUUCCCUUGGUGGUGAUUGCAGGGAGUUAUGUCCAAAUAGGUCUCAGCCUGAGGAGCAGGAGCAGGAUGAGGAAGCAGAGCACCACCAGACUAACUGAUGCCCUGAUCAUGUCAAGCAAAGGCCGAGCAUCAGGAGCUACAGACACAACAACUAACAUCAUCCUCAAGCCUCCGUCCUCCAGUCCAACUUUAGCUUCGACGCCAGCUACCAUGUCCGCCACCGUCUCUAAUCAGACCAAUUGGGGCCAGCUGUCCCAGAGCUUCAUCAAAAUGGUGACAUUUGUGAUCACUGCAUUUGUACUGUGCUGGGCUCCCUAUCACAUCGUCUGCAUCAUUGAGCUUACGGCACAUUACUGGAGGAAGAAUCUCAAAGUGGUGGAGUUGGGGCUUCCCCUCGCUACAACCCUCGCAUUUUUGAAUCCGGUGUUGAACCCCAUUCUGUACGCCUUCAGCUGUCCACACUUCUGCGUGAAGAUACGACAGAGUCUGGGAGCAGUGUUUGACGGACUGGUAGAAGAGGACGGAGGGUUCUUAGUCGCUCAAGGGAAGAGCAUAAGAGCUCAGAUAAGGCGGAGAAGCAGUCGAGAUGUGAGCCCUGCAACACCAGGGUCAUCAUCACCCUGUAAAUCAUCUGUCAUCCGACCUGCCUUCCCUCAGCCUUUGGACUCUGAAAACCUUGAAGAUCAUCAAAUGGAUAAAACAGGACAAGAUUCAAAAAUAAUGAUGGAGCAAAGCUGAGGUCCCAUUUGCUUUUUGGUUUAUAUUUGUGUUAAUUUCAUGAUGUAUCUUAAUUCAUCUAUAAUCUUUGUAAAAUCCUGUGAAGUAGGUACAAGCAUUCCAAAGAAAUCAUGUUUAUUUAAAAGUAAUUUUCUGAUAUUUUUUUAAUGCAAAUUCUUAUGUAGUUUAACCUCUUCGGGCCCCUUUAGAGUUCUCAAUUGAAAUGAGAAAAAAAAAAUCGAUGGUAAGGUUGUAAACUCUGGGGACACCAGUACUUAUGGAAAAUCUGCUGUUGUAGAUUGAGUGCCCAUGCUAUGCCCCUUCUGGCCAUCAGAGAGCAGUAUAGCCCUGAUUGCUUACACAGACAUGAAAUUAUACGGUAGGAUUAUGCUUUUCAGGUCCUGUAAUCCAGGAGCUUUUAAAUCUGAACAGCCUAACGUCAGGCCACCUUUCUGAGUGAUUGGAUUUCAUCAUGUCUGAUAUUCAUUUUGAUUGACUGUCUCACUGCCGCCGCCACAAUCGUCUGGUUCCAUCAGACUCAAUUUGAAACACGUGGCCACACAGGCCGAGGUGUAAUUUAGGCCAGAGCAACAACAGGAUUGCCAUGGAGGUAGUUGUAAUUUGGUGAGAAUAUCGGAGGGAAGAAUAUAAAAACAGUGCAGGAUUAAACCUUAACAGGUCAGACUGAGAAAGUUCAACUUCCCUCUCAAUCAUUCAGUUCCAGCAGAUUAUCUUUCUCUGUCUCUCUCUCUGUCUUUUCAUACGUUGAAAUGUGUUAGAUGUGAAACCUGUUCAUUGCAGAACAAGAGUAUACUGAAAAUGUUGUUUGUUUUUUUGUACAUUUCUAUGCCACGUGGAGGACCUAAGGUAGAAUAUUAUUAAAGCUGGAGAGGGUCAUGCUUUUGUAAAAAAGACAAACACAAGAUCAAGCUCCCCCCUGACUACCCCAACAAUUAUCAUACAGGGGGUCAGAGGAAUCAGGGGAUAUGUAUCUGAGACAAAACCAACAAACCAGUGCCAGUUAACUAAAUUAAAUAAAUCUUAAAAUGUCAUGGUGUCAUUCAGAAAACUUCUCCAUGUAUGUAAAGAUACAAGUAAACCGAGGUUAUUUCUGAGAAAAGUGAGAUCACAAACGAUGGAGCCACAGAGAUUAAAUACAGCGCUGCGGAAAAACAGUUUGUACAGAUGAGAGAUAAGGAAGGAAUAGGUGGAGGGGGGGGUGGUGUGGAGUAUUGCUUGGUUUAAUGCACUGCCACAGUACUUAUAGCUGACAGAUGCUAGCUGGAGAUUUAAGAAGACCACUUGUUGUUGAUAAAAAGUUUUCUUCUGCAUAACAGAGGUAGAGAGUGACUCAUUUUCAUCAUCACAGUUCAGGUUCUUCCAAAUUAUUAUAAAAAUUUAAAGAAACAAAAAACACAUUGUUGCGCAAUGAACGAUGUGGGUUUUAAACUUUUGGACUUUGUGACUCCUUAAUCUUUCAAUAUAAACAGCGAAGAGAUGGUGAACGGCUGUGGCUGCAGGAGGUGGAGUGAAUUCUCCACCAACCAGAAGGUCUGAGUUCAAUCCCCUUGCAGGUUUUGAAGUGGUGAAGUGACCUGAGGAGAAACACUGAACCCCAAAUGUCCCAUGAUGGCUGUGCCAGCAGUGUGUGUGUGUGUGUGUGUGUGUGUGAGAGUGGUGUUUGAUGGAGAAAGGGUUGCACAUAGUUGAACUGUAUGAAUGUGUGUGUGUGAAUAGGCUGAAUAGCAAAACUGUACUUCAAAGCACUUUGAGUGAUGACUUUGAUGACUUCUUCAACAGCAGCUGUGUUUGUUAUGUCAAUGCAAACUGAGUGAAACACAACGGUUAACCGUUGACAUGAUGACACGCUACUACCCAUGAGUACUCUGUAGUCAUUACUGCAAUAUGA